AUGGAGGGCCUGGCCGGGUACGUGUACAAGGCGGCGAGCGAAGGGCGAGUGCUGACGCUGGCCGCGCUGCUCCUCAACCGCUCCGAGAGUGACAUCAAGUACCUGCUGGGCUACGUCAGCCAGCACGGCGGGCAGCGCUCCACCCCGCUCAUCAUCGCCGCCCGCAACGGCCACACCAAGGUGGUCCGGCUGCUUCUCGAGCACUACCGUGUGCAGACCCAGCAGACCGGCACGGUCCGUUUCGACGGCUUCGUGAUCGACGGAGCCACCGCCCUGUGGUGCGCGGCGGGAGCCGGCCACUUCGAAGUGGUCAAGCUGCUGGUGAGCCACGGCGCCAACGUCAACCACACCACGGUGACCAACUCCACCCCGCUGCGGGCCGCCUGCUUCGAUGGCAGGCUGGACAUCGUCAAGUACCUGGUGGAGAACAACGCCAACAUCAGCAUCGCCAACAAGUACGACAACACCUGCCUGAUGAUCGCCGCCUACAAAGGCCACACCGAGGUGGUCAGGUACCUGCUGGAGCAGCGCGCCGACCCCAACGCCAAAGCGCACUGCGGCGCCACCGCCCUGCACUUCGCUGCCGAGGCAGGGCACCUGGAGAUCGUCAGGGAGCUGGUCAAGUGGAAGGCCGCCAUGAUGGUCAACGGCCACGGCAUGACGCCCCUGAAGGUCGCCGCCGAGAGCUGCAAGGCCGACGUGGUGGAGCUGCUGUUGGCUCACGCCGACUGCGACAGGAGAAGCAGGAUCGAAGCUCUGGAGCUGCUGGGUGCCUCCUUCGCUAACGACAGGGAGAAUUAUGACAUCAUGAAGACCUAUCACUAUUUAUAUUUAGCCAUGCUGGAGAGGUACCGAGACAGCCAGGACAUCAUCGAGAAAGAAGUUCUUCCGCAGAUCGAAGCUUAUGGAAACAGGACUGAAUGCAGGACUCCUCAGGAAUUAGAGUCUAUCAGGCAGGACAGGGAUGCCCUGCACAUGGAAGGCCUCAUUGUGAGGGAAAGGAUUCUGGGCUCGGACAAUAUCGACGUUUCUCACCCCAUCAUUUACCGGGGGGCUGUCUAUGCCGAUAACAUGGAGUUUGAACAGUGUAUCAAGUUAUGGCUUCACGCCCUGCACCUGAGGCAGAAAGGCAACAGGAACACUCACAAGGACCUCCUGAGGUUUGCUCAGGUCUUUUCUCAGAUGAUCCACCUAAACGAGCCUGUGAAGGCCAAGGACAUCGAGAGCGUUUUGAGGUGCAGCGUCUUGGAGAUAGAGCAAGGCAUGUCCCGCAUCAAAACCACCCCGGACUCCGACAUCCACACAGCCAUGGACAACUACGAGUGUAACAUUUUCACCUUUCUCUACUUGGUCUGCAUCUCCACCAAGACCCAGUGCAGCGAAGAGGAUCAGUCCCGAAUCAACAAGCAGAUCUACAACCUGAUUCACCUGGAUCCCCGCACUCGGGACGGCUCCAGCUUGCUGCACCACGCCGUCAAUUCCGGCACGCCGGUCGACGACUUCCACACCAACGACGUCUGCAGCUUCCCCAACGCUCUGGUCACAAAGCUGCUGCUGGAUUGCGGUGCGGACGUCAACGCCGUGGACAACGAAGGGAACAGCCCUCUCCACAUCAUCGUCCAGUACCACAGGCCCAUCAGUGACUUCUUGACGUUGCAUUCCAUCAUCAACAGCCUGGUGGAGGCUGGUGCUCACACGGACAUGACGAACAAGCAGAAGAAAACCCCUCUUGAUAAAAGUACGACUGGGGUGUCCGAAAUACUCAUUAAAACUCAAAUGAAGCUGAGUCUCAAGUGCCUGGCUGCCAGAGCAGUACGGAUCUAUAACAUCAGCUACCAAAACCAGAUCCCCAGAACUCUGGAAGAGUUUGUGAAGUUUCACUAAGCUUGGUGAAAACUUUUUCGUGGCGGUGCUAAUCCCGGGACAACAUCAGACGCAGACAGCAGGAUGCAGAUGUAGAUGUGGAGUUGUUUGCCUCUCUUCUUUUGGUUUUGGGUUCCUCUGGGUGCAAUCUGCAGCCUCAGUUCUCAUCUUGGGAGAUGAGAUCUUGGGAGCAGAUCUUUGGGGGUGGUGGGGAAGGAGGAGGAAAAGAAAAAACCCCAAACCUAAGCCACAUUGUUUUCCUGUCGUCGAAAUGAGUUCGGUCGUUUGAUUAAAAGAAAUUGCUUUCUUAUCACUUUGUUUUUAUAACCAAAAUGGGAAGAAUCUCCACUGUAACUGGUGCAGAAUGGUUUUGUUUCCAGUCCACAUCCCCACUGAUUUGCAGCUAAAUGCUUGAGGUGGUGAUUUUCCCUCUAAA